CCCCUCCCAAGUCCGCCUUUCAGCCGGAGAACCUCGCGCCGGUAAUACUCCGGCUACAUCACCUCGCGCCGGUGAUAAUACACCUACAUCACCAAUUCCUUUCCGCACAUCACACCCCCGUCGGCCUCAUCACUCCCAUCGGCCUCAUCACCCAUCGGCUGCAUCACUUCCCAUUCGGCCUCAUCACCCAUCAGCCUUGUCACCCAUCGGCCUCAUCCCAUCAGUCUUGCAACCCAUCGGCCUAGUCACCCAUUGGCCUCACCCAUCGGCCUCGUCACACCUCAUCACCCAGCUAAACUGCCUCUCAGAACCGACACCUCAAUCAACAUCACUUCAUCAAAUCUACGACCUUACCUUCCCCACCUUCGAACGUUACACUUCCUGAUCAUCAAAUACCAAGGUUGCAUAAAAAUCACAUUCGACUUUUCCCUCAUGACAAAUACUAGGUUUCCUAUUCGGGAAGCCAACCGCACGCAGAUCUUACGUCGACGAGUUCAUGCGGCAAGGAUUGCGGCCUCCGUGGCCCGAAUGCAACAGCAAAGAAACUUAGAUCAACAGCGAGAACAACUUGCUCAGCCUAUGGAACUCGAAAACAUCUUCGAUGAGCCGAAUCAGACCAACGACAAUCAACCAAAUGAGCGAGGUGGACCAGAAGAUGAAGAGGAGAGAGACGAAGACUGUGUCUGGGUCGACUUGAUAGAAGAUCAACCGGACGAGAUCGAUCUAGCGAUUGCUUCGGCUAGAGAAAGACACCGUCAACAAGCUCGUGACUAUAACUGGGCCGUGCUCAUUCACCAACUCCAUGCCAAUUACAUGAAGUUGAAGACGAUCACACAGAACUGGGCCGGGGCUAAUUCAUAUGAUAGUUUUGCCAGCUGCUCACCGACAUGCACCCGUGAAUAUCCUCGUGUCGUGGACUUAGUGGACAUCCGUGGACAGCAACGUCAAACCAUCCGAUUUUGUGCAUGUACACCGGAUGGUGUCCGCCUGCUCCAGCAUGGGUAUCUAGCCGGUUCUCCAGUAAAACCACAAACAGCAUUCUCCCUCCCACUCCUCAUCUUUCACAACCACUUAUGGAAUAACUGUCAUAUUGGAACCCUUCCUUUCACAACUGCUCUCACUUCUUGGCUUGAACCACGGUCGCAGCGAUUGUGUGUUCGCAAGGGAAAACAUGCCAGGCAGAUGCGAAAACCCUUCACUGCUGCGGUUGACUUGUUCCGACAACUUGAAGAGAAAACCACUAAGGUGAUAUUUUCAUCUUUGCAGCUGACUGAGCAGCAAACACUUGCAUGCACUUCAUGCCCCUCCUGCUUUGGACCGCCACCUGCCAACCCUCUCGAUUACCCUGAAAUCACCCGAAACCGACUUAUUGUUUGUCUUGACGGAAACUUUCAGCACCGACACCAAACUAAUUCCAGUCGCAAUUACGAGAGGCUUCGAACACCACGAGUUUUUUUAAAGCAAAGCACAGUCGACAAAGUGGCUCAAGAAAUCCGAGCAAAAGAAGCAGAGGGAAUGACACCGGAGCAGACAGAUAGAUGUACAGAGUCUCAUAAAGCUGCAGACGAUAAAAGAAAUGAAUCCACGUGGAAGGGUUGCGACGAUACUGGCCUCAUGGGUUGCUGUUGUCGUCACGACGCAGUGGUCUAUCUUGCAAACAUCUUCAAGUCGGGUGAGAAGAGACACUUCCCAAUGGCAAUCAUUCAAGCCCUCCUCUCAGCGGUUGAGCCGACCCGUCCGAUUGGUAUCUUGUAUGAUAUUGGCUGUAGCUUAGACAAGUACAUUGACCGGAGGGGACUCAUACCCAAUGAUCGUUCCAGGGUUAAAUUUGGCACCUCCGUUUUUCACGCUUAUGCUCAUAACUGGCUCUGCCAGUUGGAUUACCAUCCCCGAUUCAACCAAGGAUGGGGGCUGUCUGAUGGGGAGGGAUUGGAGAGGAUGUGGUCGUAUCUCUCCUCCCUUGUCAGCCCUUUAAGAUAUGCUACUCGGAAUCAUCGGCUUGGGGCAAUUGCUCACCGUCUCAAACAUCACAACCACCGAGGCAUACAGCAACUACCUCAUUGGCUGAGAAAGAAGUUUAGCCAAGCGGUUGGUCGUCGCCAAGAAAAUCAAACAACUUUGGCUCAAUUGUUAGCAAAGGCCAAUCCACACAACCAGGGAGGUGGCAACUUUACGAUCAGCUUUUUCAAGAGUCAGUGGGCUUCUCAACGAUCCUUCCAACAAGAUCAUACAGUUGAAGAAGAAACACGGCGAGCCCAACUCAUAUCAUUCUACAAGCGAGAAGCCACCGUUGAACUUCUAAGGGAACGUCUCCGAAGUCCUGAGAUUUAUUUGGAGGAUCCUGAAGAAGUCCGGCAACUCAUGGAUUCUAUCCUUGAGCAAUCAGACCUCCUUCGACAAGAAGCUGAAGAACUGGCUGGGAGCAAUGCAAUAGAGACAGGUGAUCCGGAAGAACAGAAGCUCAGGCUACUCCUGUGGGAUGCCAAGGCAGCACUCUUUGUUGAAGCCGUACAUAUCAAUGCUGAGCGCCAGCCGCUGAACAAUUCACAUACGAUGGGAUCACGACUCGGAACCCGUGGUAAGGAGAAGAUAAUCAAGGGAUUGCAAGCCCGGCGCGCUGCAGGCAAAAAGCUCAUUGAUGCAUUCAAUGAUCAAUAUCAAAAAUUCACUACCAAAUACCCUAAUGUCCAACUCUCCGAUGCCUCCGAUCAUCCUCUUACGUAUGACGAAUUCUCAACAUGGCCGAUGGAUCACCGAUUCUGGAAUGAUGGCUUAUAUUACCAUUCCAGUGAACCUUGGUCUGUUGAUCCAGACGUCCGGACAGGCAUCAACUGUGUUCUGAUCCUCAGAAGAACUCAGGAGGAGUUUGAACUGAUUGCGCAGGAACUGGCUCGGGCAGUCGGCUGGGCCACAUCACACUACAGAGUGAUCGAGGAAAAAAUCAGGAACAUCAGAAGCCGCAUCAACCUCAUUCAAGCCGAUGAAAGCAUUGAACCUGACUAUCUUGAUGCUAUAGUGCUGGGUGAUCUUGAACUCCAACUUAAACUACAUGGUCAAUUGCUUCUGGACUGGUCGGACAACGUCACUUGGCUAUGGAAUCACUGCCAGCCUCAUAACAACCAAGCAGCUAUGUCGGACUGGAUCAGUUUGGUUACACAAAUCACCAACAACUCCCAACCUCAUUCGAAUCAACCAACUCCUUUAGCCACUGUCGAUGAUGAUUUAGAGGAAGCCGGAUUGGAUGAUGUGGAGGAUGGAGAAGAUGUGGAGGACCAGUUGAUCUCUGAUGCUGAGGCAAAUCGGCAAACCAGGAUUCCUAAUGAUGAGGGUAGCACCAGUUAA